CACACACAGUCAUUUUCAUUAAUACGUAGAACGUAGAAUUGUGCACAUCUUGAGUGAAAUGGUCAAAUUUACAUAAAGCAGAGAGAAAAAAAAAAUCAUGGCUGAUAAUAGAGGUAGGGGUAGGGGUAGAGGUGAAGCAAAAGGAAGAGGGCAAUCUCAAUCACAGCAACAACAAUCACGACAACAACAACAACAAUCUCAGCGUCAACAACAACAACAACCACGACAGCAACAACCACAACAACAGCAGCAGCAACCACGACAACAACAACAGCAACAACCACAGCAGCAGCAACCACGACCAGCCUGGCAACAAAAACAACAGCAGCCACAACAACAACAGCCACAAAAACAACAGCAACAGCCACAAAAACCUGCGGAACGUGGCUCUGGUGAUGCAAAAUCAUCUCCAAGAGAUGCAGAUUUAUCUAAACAGGUGGCACAACUCUCAAUUGGACCUUCAGGAGAUGCAGGUAGAAAGAAAUUCGAAAAGCCUGAAAUUUUGCGAACACGACCUGAUCAUAUAAAAAUUAAAACAGGAACAUACGGUGCACUUGUGAAAUUAGAAACAAAUUAUUUUAAAUUUAACACAACUACAAAUUGGGCGCUACAUCAAUAUAGAGUUGAUUUUUCACCAGAGGAGGAUCGUACAUUUGUCAAAAGACGUUUAUUUAAUAGAAUUUUAGAUUCGCCUUUUAUACCCAACAUUUUUGAUGGAUCUGUAUUGACUACAAUAAAUGAAAUAAAAAACCCUCUUGAGUAUACCGUAACUCACACGGAAGAUGAGAGCAAAAUUGUGCAUAUAAAAAUUCGUCAUGUUGCCUCUUUGUUAAAUAAAGCCGAUUAUGGAUAUAUACAAUUAUUCAAUUUACUUUCACGUCGUGCUUUGGAAAAUUUAAAAUUACAACUGAUUGGAAGGAAUUAUUUUGAUCCUAAACAAACGAUUGUUAUUCCUCAAUAUCAAUUGGAAGUAUGGCCCGGAUAUUUAACUUCGAUUCGCCAACAUGAAAAUAGUACACUCAUGUGUGCUGAAAUUGUUGGUAAAGUUAUGCGACAACAAACUGUUUAUGAUAUUCUCGCGGAAUGCCGUCAAAGAAAUAGCCGUGAUUUUCAGCGAGAUUUUAAAAAUGAAGUAAUUGGAACUGUCGUAUUGACAACGUACACGGAUCGUACGUAUCGUGUUGACGAUAUUGAUUUUAAUGUAAAUCCUGGACACAGUUUUGAAAAAAAUGGAGAAAGGAUAACUUAUGCACAAUAUUUGGAACAACGAUAUCAAAUCAAAAACAUAAAUAUGACACAACCUAUGUUAGUAUCGAAAGCUAAUGCUCGUCAAAGAAGGUCGGGAAUGCCGGAAUUAAUUUAUUUGGUACCUCAAUUGUGCCGUACCACAGGUUUAACUGAUCAGAUGAGAAACAAUUUUCAAUUAAUGAAAGAAGUGGCAAAAUACACAUGCUCAGAGCCAAGUGUGCGAAUUCAAAAACUUUUGUCAUUUAAUCAAAGAAUUUCACAAAAUGAGAAAACAAGCGAUCAAUGGAAACAGUGGGGACUUUCUCUUGGUAGAGAAUUAGUACCGGUAAAUGGUCGACAAAUGCCACCAGAAGAAGUUCAUUUUGGAGGUGGGGCUGUCGAAAGAACUGAUGACUGGACACGAGCACUACAAUCAAUGAAACCAAUUGUAUCGCAAGGAGUUUUGAACAAUUGGUUCAUAUUACAUCCGAAAUAUUCCAAAAGCAUUCCGACAUUGCUUGAUUUGAUGCUAAAAGCAUCAAAAGGAAUGAAAUUCACAAUUGGAAAACCUCAAUGUGUUCCUUUGGAGAACGACAAUCCUGUAACUUACGUGAAUAUGAUUGAAAAUAUAAUGAGCAAAACAACACCGCAAAUGAUAUUUUGCGUUGUAUCAAGUGCGGCUGCGAAUCGUUACUCUGCAAUUAAGCAAAAAUGUUGCGUCGAUCGACCGGUUCCAUCGCAAGUCAUAAAGGAAGCAACAAUUAAUCGCAGAAAUGCAUUAUCAAUCAUGACAAACGUUGUAAUACAGAUGAAUUGCAAAAUUGGAGGUGUUCCAUGGAGAGUUCCUUUACCCUCUAAUGACGUUAUGGUAAUUGGUUUUGAUGUAUGUCACGAUACAUCAAAAAGUGGUUAUGAUUAUGGCGCCACAAUUGCGUCGAUAAAUCCUGAUUGCACUCGUUACUAUAGUGCCGUCAGUGAACACAAAAAAGGUGAAGAAAUAUGUGAUACUCUAGCAGAUCAAAUCAAUAAAGCUCUCAAUAGUUAUUUAAAAAUGAACGGGAAACUUCCCCAUCGUAUUUUUAUGUUUCGCGAUGGAGUUGGCGAAGGCCAACUCAAUCAGGUAACUAAAGUUGAAGUCAAUCGAAUUCAAGGUAUGCUGAAGAGAGUGUACGCCGAAAACAAUAUGCCACUCGCUGCUCUAACUUAUGUUAUUGUUACAAAAAGAAUUAAUAGUCGCUUCUUUUUACAAAAAAAUAACCCAAAUCCAGGAACAAUUGUCGAUGACGUUAUCACAGAUCCGGAUAAAUAUGAUUUCUUUUUGGUAUCUGCAAAGGCUAAUGUUGGCACAAUAACGCCAACUUAUUAUAAUGUUAUUUUAGAUGAAAAUAAAUUAAGGCCUGAGAUGCUCCAAAGGUUCACCUUUAAAUUAACUCACCUGUAUUACAACACGAGUAAAACCGUUCGAGUACCAGCACCAUGCCAUUAUGCGCAUAAAUUGGCAUUUUUAGUUAGUCAAUUUAUACACCAGACCCCAUCGGAAUCACUUGCCGAAUUGCUUUACUUCCUCUAAAGCAAAAUCUUGAUUUCUCUGUUCAUUAAUCUUUACCAAAGGGUAUUUUUUAAAUUUCAAUUGUUGCUUGCUUAAAUUUUAAGACAAAAAAAAUUUCAGUUUUUCUUUAGUAUUCAUUGUUUACCAAGAUAAUUUUUAUUUAUAUUAAUUCGUUAUUACAUUUAAAACGAAUUUAUUUUAUUUCUAUUUUUUUUUAGUUUAUUUGUUAAAAAAAGUAAAGUUUAAAAUCUUUACGAAAAGUUAAUUAUGAAAGAGGGAGAAAAUUUAUUUUUUGAUUUAAAAAUAAAUAGAACAAAAAUGAAUGUACUUUCGUAAAAUAGAAAAUGAUAAGAAACGAAAGUAAAAUAACUUUUAGUAUUUAAAAGACUAAUGUAAAAGAUAUAUAUUUGUAUUAAAAAUGGUGAUUUAAUUUUACCUUACAAAUAAAAUAUAUUUUUUUUUUUUGUAA